CAAUUGGCUGCUUGGUCUUUUAUGUCACAAUCACCUCAUGCAACAACAGUAAGCAGUUUCUAAAGUUACAGUGGUGAGAGGGAUUUCUUUACUAUCUAAAGUUUUUCUCUCUAAUAAAACAUCUGAAACUCAGGACAUCUUUCGAAAUCUCUUGCUGAAACAUGUUGGAAGACGGCGGAUCUUGUUUUCACCCAGAAGAUACUUUUUCCUUCCUCAUUUUGAAUUGAUUGUCAACAGAUGUGGCAGCCACACGCUUUGGUUGGGUUGGCUCUUAAAGUCACUGGUGAAGGACAGAGAUGAAUCCCCUCCACACUGGCACUUGGCAAAACAGCGCCGCAUCUUUCUGGCUUCUGAAAUUCGGUUUGGUUUGGCUCCUCGGUCAGAAGUGCUGCACAGCAAGUGCAGUUUGGACUGCUUACAUGAACAUCUCAUUUCACGUGGGGAACCGCAUGUUGUCAGAGCUAGGGGAGACCGGGGUCUUCGGAAGAAGUUCCAACUUGAAGAAAGUAGCAGGAGUCGUUGUGCCACCAGAGGGAAAAACUCAGAAUGCUUGUGAUCCCAAUACCGGUUUCAUCCGGCCGCAGAACAACGAGCCCUGGAUUGCACUCAUUGAACGAGGAGGUUGCACCUUCACACAGAAAAUUAAGGUAGCUUCUGAGAAUGGAGCCAAAGGAGUGAUAAUCUAUAACUUUCCAGGUACUGGCAACCAGGUUUUCCCCAUGUCUCACCAAGCAUUUGAAGACACCAUCGUAGUUAUGAUUGGUAACUUAAAAGGCAUGGAAAUUCUGCAUUUAAUACGGAAGGGGGUUCUUGUUACCGUCGUGGUUGAGGUGGGGAGAAAGCAUAUUAUCUGGCUGAAUCACUAUUUUGUCUCCUUUAUGAUCGUCACAACCGCUACUUUAGCAUAUUUCGCCUUUUAUCAUAUUCGGAGACUCUGGGUUGCAAGGAUUGAGACCAGGAGAUGGAAGCGGUUAACAAGAGAGCUCAAGAAAGCUUUUGGCCAGCUGCAAGUUCGAGUAUUAAAAGAGGGCGAUGAGGAAGUAAAUCCGAACGCGGAUAGCUGCGUCAUCUGCUUUGAACACUAUAAGCCUAAUGAUACAGUUCGUUUUCUCACGUGUAAACAUUUUUUCCACAAGAAUUGCAUCGACCCCUGGAUCCUAGCCCAUGGCACGUGCCCCAUGUGCAAAUGUGACAUUCUGAAAGCUCUGGGGAUUCAAAUGGACAUUGAGGAUGGAACAGACUCUCUGCAAGUUCUGAUGGCAAGUGAGCUGCCUGAAACCUUUUCACCCCUGGAAGAAGAGACAAAUAAUGAACUUCCUCCUGCAGGAACUUCAGGAAAAGUGACCCAUGUCCAGGAGCACCCUACUUCUGCAAACUCUGAUAGCCAGCCUCCUGCAGCAGAGGAAACUGGCCAUCCUUCACUUGGACAGCAUGACCUUUGAGCAAGUGGAUUAAACAAACCUGUUUGUCAAAUCAGAUCCUCAUACUGACAAGCCGUUUGCUUGAAGUGUGCUUUGUGUGUGUGUGUGUGUGUGUGUGUGUGUGUGUGUCAUUUUCCGCCACUCUGCUGAUUUUCCAAAUCCACUGUCAAGCUUCAAAUACAGGGGAAAGAAAACCUGGCAGGAUUUUAUGGCUUUUUACCUCUGCUAAUUUUAACUUUUUGGCAAUGUAUUAUUCUUGUGAGUGUGCCCAUGUUUAUUUCUAGUUAACCUGUGUUAAAACCAGAGUCCAACUCCCCCCCCCAAUUAUGUUUGUGUGUUUAUACCUGGCUUUAUUUUGGUAAGAAAGUUGUUAAUAUGUUUUUUGCACUUUUCUGGUAAGAAAUCGUCAGUUAUCUUUCACGUUGUAGCAAUGGUAAAAGUCAAUAUAUUAUACUAUAGUAAUUUGAUGUCAUUAUGUUGCCGUGCUUUUUUCAUUCUUUGAAAUGAAAAUUUGUUAUACAGAAUUCUUUUGUUUAUCCUUGAUCAAGAGUUCUGUUCAAGCAGUUAGUAAGUUUUAUAUAACAGUUAUCUGCAUAACAAGAAAAUCUUUAGAAAUAAAGUACUAAAACUCUUUAAGAAAAGUACAUAUUUUAGUGCUUAAUAUUGCUUAUGAGUAAUAUAUGAUCAUGAUUUGUUGAAUAAAGUUAUAUAAUUUCUGUGAUGUUUUGUCCUGUCAUAUUUAAUUUCCAGGGGUUUCAGUCGUCACCCCAAUUAGUUUUUUUCUUUUUUUGUC